AAUAAUAACAAUUUUCCAAUUAAUUAUGGAAAUUGAACCUAGGCCUUACCCGGUGCCCAAAACCAAAACCCCUAGCUUCCUCGCCGCACUGCAAUAGCCACAACCAAGCUAGCUCCGCCUCUCGCCACCGUGGCCUUACCGUCAGGGGCUUUGUAUUCCUGGUGACCUUUUCCGAACAUUUGAACAAUUGAUCAGUUUCUCUAAAUAAUCCAUUUCUGGAACUAUACAAGUAGAAGACAUGGAAAAUCAACCAAAACAAAACCAACAAUCAACAAGCUCCGCUCCUUCCAUCCAGAAAAAUGAGGAAGAUCAAGCAGCCAGUACUGCAAUGGGCUUGAAAGAGUCAUUGCAAAAUCAAUAUCUAAAAGUCAAAGAGCAUGCAGAAACAUACCCUUAUGUUUGGGCUUCCUAUAUUGUCGUAUAUGGUGGCCUUGGUCUUUGGACUGCCUAUAGAUGGAGAAAGCUUCGCAAAACCGAGGACAGAGUAAGAACUCUGCAUGAAAAACUUCGGAAGCUUGUUGAAGCUGAAGAAUCUUCCAGCUCUACCAAAGUGAUUGAAAAGGGUUUUGCUGAUAAAUCUUCCAGCUCUACCAAAGUGAUUGAAAAGGGUUCUGCUGAUAAAUCUUCCAAAUAGUUUACAAUAAGAAGAAUCCUUAUCAUGGUCAAGUUGUCUAGUUUACUUCUAUCAAUAUCACUGAAGCUUACCAUUGUAGUUGCCUGGGAUAUGAAAUGAUUUUGUUUUGCUCCCCUGAUCAGAUCAACUCAUUCAUUAGAGGAAAAUACUCAAUUAUAUCUUUAACAAAUUGUUAAAAACUAUAUCUGAUAUCUUUCUUCCUAAAGUUGGGACAAAUAUCAUUGCAGUGUACACGGUUCACAGACCUUCAGUUUCUAUAUUGAUUACAGAAGGGACCAAUGCAUUUUUUGUUAUUCUUA